AUGGCCUCCCUAAGGUGCAAAAAGACGGCGCUCCUCUCCGACCCAGCGUACGGACUGGCUAAGUGGCGUCUCAAGUUCCUGACCGCUGAGUCAUACACCAAGGUCUCUUCGUCAGCACAAUUCCUGGAGAAACUCAAAGGGGUUAGCCUCCAUCCAAAUGAGGUCAUGAUAUUUUUUGAUGUUUUAUCCCUCUUUACUUCUACUCCCCAGGACCUGGCAAUCGAGACAAUCGAGCUGCUACUACAAAGCAAAUACGAGGAAGAGGAGAAACGUCUUGUACACGCGCAAAUCCUUCAGCUCCUGAAGCUCUGUCUCAGAAAGUACUCCACAUUCAACGUGACAAUAUACGAGCAAGUGAACGGCACACCAAUGGGUUCCCCGAUUUCGGGAUUUAUCGCCGAGGCCGUCCUGCAACGGUUAGAUUCGCUGGUCUUCCAACACCACAAACCGAAGUUCUGGGCCCGGUAUGUGGAUGAUACCUUCGUCGUUAUUAACCGGGAUCAACUGCUGACAUUCAAGGAACGUCUGAAUGCGGUCCUCCCGGACAUACAAUUUACGAUGGAGGAGGAAGAGAACAACCAGCUGGCCUUCCUGGAUGUCCUUGUAUGCCGCAAGGAUUAUGGUGGACUAAAAACCAAAGUGUUCAGGAAAGCAACAAGUACGAUGUAAGUACCGAACUUCAACAGCAACCACCCAAUCAACCACAAACACCGAUGUGUAAGGAGGCUCUUUGAGCGUAUAGAAACGCACUGCAGUGAUAGGGAAGACAAAAUUUCCGAACUACCAUACCUCCAACGUGUAUUCAAAGCCAAUGGCUUCUCGCGCAACUUUGUCAACCGGUGCAUACGCAAAAACGACGAAAAACCUAACCGCACGGACACCAAAUCUUGGCGGGCGCUUCCGUAUAUUAAGAAUGUUUCGGAUGAUUUCGGCCACCUUAUCGCACCACUUGGGGUUGGCGUGGCACACAGAUAGGACGCAACCAUCAGGCGUCCGGUAAUGAAAUCGAAAGACCCGCUUCCACGGAUAGAAUCGUCCGGAGUCGUUUAUCGGAUCUGGUGCAAUUACGGAAAUAACUACGUCGGAGAAACCGUAAGGCAGUUCCGAACGAGAAUGGCCGAAUACGCUGCAGCGGUGCGGAGAAAUGACGUCAGCUCCCAAGUUGCGGCUCAUUCGACGAGAUCCAGCCACACAUUCAAAUUCGAAGAGGUAGAAAUUCUCGCUAGAAGUGACAACUGCGUCAGCUAGGAGCUAAUUGAAUCAUGGUUUGCUUGGUCCCAGCCCAUUAACCAGUGCACUGAACUUCCCCUUCCAUACUCAGUGCUAGGACUUCGUCUAGACGUGGGGAGCUCACAGGUGAACACUUUUCCCAACACCAGGGUCGGUGGGUCAGAUGAUCGAUUAAUCAUCAAACCAAAACCCAACGCACGUGAUGAAAUCGCAGCAAUUAACGACACGAACUUCGGCCAUCAAACAAUUAGCACAUCAACUGCGACGAUCCCUGAUAAAGGCGGGAACCGUGAACGUUCACAUGUAUGGCGACAGCAUGGCGACUGCAUCCUAUGAAUACUGCAGCCUCUUGUGCAUGAAUCACCCGUAUCUGCCGUAGUCUCUGUUGAUGGGUUCGAGCAGGAAUGCGAAACGUCAGGCUAAUAAAACUCUUGUCCCAGCGAUUGUGUCUUCUUCUUUAAGUCUACUUUGUUAAACCGGAGAUUUAAUCUAAGAAAAAGCGACUGUUUUUUACAGCAGUCAGUACUCGCAAGUCUCAACUCUGAGAUUCGGAACAUUGCUCGCCUCUGUCUGUUCGCUCUCUGUUCCUUACUGCAGAAGACGGACUGUCCCUUUUUUACGAUUUUGUCACGAUAACCCUAAGCAGUACAGCCCUCCUGUUUGAAACUAGCAUACUUUAAUUAACAAAACGAUUUGUUGAGUGUCAACAAGGAAUAUUUUUCAGCAAAUAUUGUAUUCACAAUAACUAAUAUAAGUUGUAUGCGGACUGGCGACGACUUCGUCUGUAUCUCAGACAACCUGUAUUGCCAAUAGAAGCGAAAAUUGGAUAUUCGGUAAUCAGUUUGAAAUAAAGUAAUCUGAUUGCUGGAAAAAGACGUUUACGCACCUAUAGUUUCGGACUCCAUCGUCGGAGCUAUGUGCAGAAUCUUCAACUGUUAUGGGUCUCUGUGAGAAACCUACAUAUCAGACGAGUAAAGGACUUGCUUCUUCACCAUUCUCUCAUGAACAACCUGAUGUUUCAGUAAGGUAUAUUAUUAAGCUUUUAGUCGGAAAAUAACGUUCGAAAACUGCAAAGGCUGUUCACUGGAUAGCGUUCAAUCUCGUACUUUCCGCAAACUUCAAGUUGUUUGGUCUUCUCGAAUGCAAGGCCGCAUAAUUAACUUAGUUUUUUUGUCCGCUUUACUUUAAUGUUUCUGUUUACCAUCGAGCCCAGUUGUGGACUAAAAAUAUUUUCCAUCCCCCGUUUACGCAUGGUCGAUGUGAACGGAAUAUGGCGCAGAUAUAUCAGGUUAUGCCCGCGACUGCUUCAGUGGUCUACGCACUGGAACUAGAUUCAAGCUGCAAGAGGCAUGUACAUUAGGCCUAAACUGGGAUAAGAGACAGCUGUGAGAGACAUUGUUAAGAUAUUUCGGAGUGAGGGAAACAAAGAAGGGAACUGCAAUAACAAGGAGCCGGUACAGCCAAAUAUGGACAAGACUUGUUUGCUGGAGGCGGCGAGUGUGUCCGUAAUGAAGUUGAAACAAAAGCCUGCCGAAGGGGUUCUAUUUCUAGAAAGCCCUAAACGUUCUACUGAAGCAGCCGGGCAUGCUAUAGCACUGUUUAGUGGUUGCAUUUCUUGCCCACAGCAGACGGCAGUGCGCAAUGCAGUACUUCGUUGCAAAAAGCCAGCUAAAAGUCAUAAGACAUAGAGGUCUUAUUUAGAACUUUUUUGUUUGUCAGUACCGAAAGUACGCCGCAUAAAUAGAACAAAGAAUGGAGCCACGAUGUAACCGACGAAAACUAAUGGCUUUUCAAAUGAGUUAGCUGCUGACUGCUGACGGCAAAAUCAUUGUAGUACACAUGAUUUGCUUUAGAAACGAAAUAUAUUCGUCCAGAAAAGUCCAUUAAUUAGCUGUCCCACACUGUCUAUUAAACAAAAACAUAUUGUCUCAUUAGUGCUAAAGGUAUUUUGUCAGAACAAAAAGUAUGUGCGUCUCCCCGAUCGCGCAUAUAGCGGUUAUUUGGUGUGAUCAACCAUUUUAGCCGAAGUAAACUCGUAUCGUUGACCAUAUGCAUAGUGGUAGGUCAGUUUUGUUCAACCGAGCAAAAUAGAUUGAAGUAACGGGGGAAUUAAAUAUAUACAUCUGGUCUGUUGCAUUUAUAGCGAUCUGCACAUGCUGUAUAUAAUAUGUAAUUAGACAGGUGUCUGAUAAUACGGUGGUUAAUUUAUUUUGAAAGAUAACGAAGCUAAAAGGAAGUAAGCAACAGUGUAAGUUUGACUGUCAAAAUUUAUUUUUUUAUUUUUACUGAUGCUUCCAAGCAGUCCGGUGCGGUAAAUAUGUCUUGUAAGAUUAGCAGUUAGAGACGCGCCUGAGAAACUCAGUUAACUAAUUAACAGGCACACAAUUUUUUCCACGAAAGCUUGUCACAUUGCUAGAGUCAUGUGACAGCGCAGACGAGUAAAAUAUGUGAAUGAUAGGAAGAAAAGAUUUACGGUCAUUUUUACACAAAAAUGAGAUGUUUUUAAGAAAACCCAUGUGCAGGUGUCGAAGAGACAGGAAAAACCCAAUCAAAGUAGCCUGUUAAAAUCAUAUGGAGACGCCCUGACCAAACCGUUUCACCAAGAUUUCAGACAGUAAGCAUUCGAAAACUAUUCCGGAUAAACCCUAUGUGGCACACUAGAGGUGAGGAGAGAUUGUCAAAUGUCGUGGAACAGGUCAUAUUGGACACAUAAUUAGUCCCUAUUUGAAUUAAUUUGUAAACACCUGCUAAUGGAAGCGAAGGGACGAGUCCCAGGAAGCAGUUUUGAAUCCGAAUCGUCAGACUCAUAAAGCUCUUUUUCCGGCGAUCGUGUGUUCUUCUUCAUGUAAACACCCCCUAUCAACGCGAUCUGGCCCUCUAGUCCUCACGUACAUCCGGUUAAAUACUUCCACCCUUGUGUUUACGAACGUCUCAGAACAUACAAUAGUAUUUUAAAUACAGAACGCAGUUUUAUACGACUGGCUAAAUGUAGCGAAUCAUUUAAAGAUGAGAAACAACCAAAAUUCAAAUGCUCUUAUGCUUUUCUUAUUCUCAGAUGAUGUUCUUUAAAUUCAAAAACCGGCGAAAAGAAAUUUAAAAUCACGGGCAGUCGCGCAAAACAGGCAAGAGAUAACGGUUACUUCAGAAUGCUCCUGAGGAAUGCAUUUUUACAAUACUUUCAAGAAAAACCGCAGAAUACAUGCACAUAUAACAAAAGUCAUUAUUUCAAGUACACAUUUAACAAGAAGUGAUGUUCGGAAAGCCUGCUCUAAAACUUGGCUACUGAGAGAUUCAUACAAAUUCAGCAUGUGGUCGUAGACAAAUUUUUUUGAAAAAAAUGUGCAAAAGCCUGCUGCAUCCCUUUUCACCAAAAAUACCAUUUUAAAUUAUAGCCAUUGUUUCGUAAAGACUUCCAGACAACCUAUGUUAGUCAAGUUAGACUCUUCUUAAAGCAGGCCUAGAGGUUAUCUUUCAAUUUGUUAAUUUAAUUGUCUUCGUGGAGCAUGACGCCAUUGCGGCAGGUGAGGCGUCCCAUUUAUUCGUAGGGUGGACAGUUGGUUUGAUCACAGAAAAAGUCAGAUUCGAAAGCAGAACGCGCCUGUUACUCGCGUUAGCCGGACCAUCGUUCUUACAGUAGACAAGCAGCAACAGCCUACUGGCCUUUGACUCCAGGCGUUAUCAUGUUAUUGCAGAAGUUAUUUCAAAUCGAGCAUUUGGAUCUGGGGUUUGUACAGUCAGUGAAAUACUCUAAUUUCAUACACGUAAUUAACAUUUGAAUCAAAUCAGAACACUCUCGUAGUCAACCAUGUCUAUUUCAGUCUCCAUAUCUUACAGCCAAAACAUGAAAUUCACAAGUUUUCUUUUUGUCGGGUAAAACAAAGACGAGGCGUUUUUCGAAACGGACGGUUCCUCCAGAAAUUGAUCGUUCGCACAUUAUCCUCAUGGAUUUGCAAAUGAAUAACAUUUAACGGGUUUUAUAUUAAAACGUUAAAUUAGUAAAAUCUUGCCUCUUUCAAAUUUCAAGAGGCCGAAAUCCUCGCAAGGGGUGACAACCGCGUGAGCCGCGAGCUGCUCGAGUCAUGGUUCUCAGGCCCGCAAUCCAUCAACAAACACAAUGACCUCCCGGUGGCCUAUUCCGUAUUGCGAUUUUCCCUGGGCAGGAGAAUCAGUCACGUGGGGAGGGCGCGGGUGAGCAAUUAUCACGGUGACAGUGAGCCAGUUUGCCGAGCAAUCGUCACACCAGCAUUGAGCACGGAUGACAAAAUCGCGGCAGUUAACAACUCGGACUCGGACCGCCAAGCCACCGCCGCAUCAAUUACGACCCCAGCGGCGAUUGUGAGAACUGUUAAUUGCAGUGCGCAUACGGUCCCACGGCAGCCACGUGCUAUAAAUACUGCAUUCCUGGUGCCACCUUUACCUCUAUCUGCGAAUGUCUCUGAUGAUGGGCUCGAGUGAGAACCCGAAACGUCAGGCCAAUAAACUUCUUGUCCCAGUGAUCGCAUCUUCAUCUUCUGAACUGCUACCUGGGACUCGCCUGUUCGCUUCUAUCAACAAAAGAACAAUGCAUGGACAUGAUGUCUGGUUGUUUGGUGGGUCGAUUUAUUCCCGCUUGCGUACUGCAGAGAAUUAAAAUAAUGUCAGUCUAUGUCACACUGCGCUGGAUGUGUGCUCACGCAACCUUCGUCCAUGCAAAUCACACACCGAAAGUAUAUCAAAAACAAAUGGGAUUUGUUUGUUUCGUGUCUGGCUGAGUUGAACUGCAGUAAACAUCCGGCAAGCACAAAAAUGCCGCAUUCACGCAUGCGAAUAACGCUUUUAUAUGCAGUCAAAAAACUGCCGGUGGUAAUAACAAAAUUUAUCCUUGCUCCUAAAAGUUAGUCUGUUUAUUUUAGGAAAGCAGUCCAGGCGAUAAUCAGCAUGGUGAAUUUUAAAGACCCUAACCGCUUAUUAGGAUUACUGUUUACCAUGAAGUGUUCUGUCGGCAUUGUUAAGGUCAGUGGCGCUAACACGUGCAACGCAAGUUGACACUAAAUAUUUUCAUAAUCAUAUAGACUGGGUUCCACAGCCUAAGCAAACUGGCGUUUUAUGAUUACACAUCAAUGUAACCCAAAUAUGCACAUGCUGUUUAGUGCGAAUAUUUAUGUCUAACCUGCCAGAGUAAGAAAUUGGUAGAAGAAACGUUCUCAAUUAAAUGUAAGAAAUUUAUUAUUAAUGCCUCGUCUUAUCUAGUAAUGUUGGAAAAAAUUGACAACUAGAUUUUCAUCUAAUUCGUUAGAAUUUUAAUUGCUUCAAGGUAUAUUGUCUUGCAUUUUUAUGUUUUUUAUAAAUCAGGGACUGUGUCGGAUAAGCAAAUCGUUCGAUAGGUCACAAGACAGGAAUUCCUCCAGACUUGAUCUUAAAAUUGUACGUUCGCAAAAAAAUGCGUGAAGGGUUUCACCGCCUACUGACACAUUCCAUGCCAUAAGCCAUCGGCGAAAAGAAAUCAAUGAUGGGUUGGCGGAAAAUUCCAAAUAACGGCAAAGACCUGUAUGGUCGUAUGCGUCUAAGGGAACAUUUGCAAUAAAACACCACAUCCCAAAAUUCAUCAUCACACUUCGCCUCCUACAGUCCCUUAGAUAUAAGUUCGCCCAGCUCACCCACCGGCUACACAAAAAAGUACCUCUUACAUUUACCUUACUGCACUGCGGUUUACCCGGGAGGUUAUAAGAUUACGGCAUUACUCGCUCUACAUCAUCAGUCAUCUGCGUUUGUUUGAAUUCGUCAACAGGUGAACCGAAAUUGUUCCCUCUUAGUGUGGCCUCUAUAGCAUCGUCGUUUGGAUGGAAUUCCAGUCGCCCCUCUCUCAUUCUUUCAAACCCGUAUUUGAACUCACGUCAGGUCGUGUGUGGCACAGGUAGACAGGUUAUUAAAUUCUGUCGGCCACUGCGCCAGAACUCGCCUUUGAUUGCCUCAACUUUUUCUUGACAGCUGCAUCGAGAAGGAUGACUGAGAAGAGAGUGCAGUUAGUGCUUCGCAAGACGGCUAUUAUUGUGAACUUGUUCGCAAGCCAGUCGAUGUCCUUGUGUGCGCCAUAUUUAAGGGCGCACGGUAGGCAACAUCGUUCGCGAUUUUAAGUCUAUCGGUUGCUUUCACGUUCGGUUGGCCCGGCAAAUCGAUGAAUUAGAUCCUCCGCUUGUCGUUUGCUGUGCGAAGACUUCUAGACAUCUGAGCAUUUAAGUUACGCAAACCACUUUGAACAACUGAUGCGUCAUUCAGAUUUCGCAGCCAAACUGAACGGCUAAUAUAAAAAGCCAUAGCCGUUAGCUCGCAUAAAGUAAUUUUGACAAGAAAUUUAUGCAUAGUCAAACGGACAGGGAAUUCCUUUAGACUGGACAUGAUUCAAAGAGUUAGCGCAGUUUAUUUAUUAAAAACACGGUGUGGCAGAUUUGAAGUAUGUGUUCUAUCCACUGUUUGGAUAACUCUAACAAGAAAGGGGACAAUAACAAAAGGAUUUCAGAGGAUACUAUUUUUACGUUUGUCAAUUCUGCUUAUUUUGUUUCAUUUCUUUAAGAACUCUAUAAAUAUUUGAAUUGAAUUUAUAAAACACUUUCGAGGUGUUGAGAGCAACCACUUGCAGUUCCUAUAGCAAAAUGCAUUUACCAACAAUGCCACUCGUCGCCAAUUCGUUUGUGACUAGGUACAUACAGUUUGGCCAGCUUAUAAGCAGACCUUAUGACAACAAAAUAGGAUAAAAAUGUAUCGACUGUUUGCCAUUUUAUUCAGUCUUUGACUCACGUGGCAUUGUUUUGUCCGACAGCAACGAUGACACCUAUCUUUGCGUGGAGGACUCCAGCCGCCUUAAAACCAUCGCUGACGUAAGGAAACGUCUCUCCCUGGGGAACAUUAAAGGAUUUUAAUGGUUCCAAUGCCCAGAGGCAUGGGAGGUCUGCGGACAAAGAUCAAGGCUUCAGCUAGCUCAGUGGUGAUGCUGGUGCUAAUGCUGAUGCUGAUGCAGAUGAUGAUGAUGAUGAUGGUGAUGAUGAUGAUGAUGACGGUGAUGGUGAUGACGAUGCUGAUGAUGAUGGUGGUGGUGGUGGUGGUAAUGAUGAUGAUGAUGACGAUGAUGAUGAUGAUGAUGAUGAUGAUGAUGAUGAUGAUGGUGAUGAUGAUGAUGGUGGUGGUGGUGGUGGGGGUGGUGAUGAUGAUGAUGAUGAUGAUGACAGUGGUUGUGUUGAUGUUGCGAUAAUGUCCAUGACGACGAUGCUGUGA